AUGUCUAACUUAGUGUUCCAAACAGCACAAAUCCCUACUACAACCACCAAGAACGUUUCACCUUUAAAACCCACCUCUUCGAUUCCUCAAUUGUAUCACCUGCGGAGUGUUACAACCACCAAGACUGUUUCACAUUUAAAACCCACCUUUCCGAUUCCUCAAUUGUGUCACCUGCGGAAUACUAGGUGGCGGAUUAGUAAUAAUCACACCAUUAAGUGUGCUUCUUCUUCCUUCUCUUCUUCUUGUCCUGCAAUUGAUGGUGGUGGAGAUUCUGUGGCCAUGUUGGAGCGCUGUUUUUUAGCCUCUCCAAAGGGAGACUUCGGUCCGCUUAUGAAAGGAAAAUUCGGUUCCUUAGGUGCCGUUACUUUGGAGAAAGGCAAACUUGAUAUGUCCCAGAAGCAAUCCCAGUCUACCCCUGAGGUUGCUGUUGGGGGAGGCGGUGGAGAUAUUGGAAAGCAUAUCAAUCAUGGAGGUGGUGAUGGAGGUGAUGAUGAUGGUGAUGAUGAUGAUUACUUUGAUGACUUUGAUGAUGGCGAUGAGGGUGAUGAGGGAGGACUAUUUAGGAGAAGGAUGUUUCUUGAAGAGCUUUUCGAUCGAAAAUUUGUCGAUGCAGUGUUGAAUGAGUGGCAUAAAACAAUGAUGGAUUUGCCCGCUGGGUUCCGACAAGCUUACGAAAUGGGUUUGGUCAGCUCAGCUCAAAUGGUAAAAUUCCUAGCAAUAAAUGCUAGACCAACGACUACUAGGUUUAUAUCCAGAGCACUUCCUGAAGCAAUUUCUAGGGCAUUUAUUGGCAGGAUGAUUGCAGACCCUGCCUUUUUAUAUAGGCUUUUUUUGGAGCAGGCUGCUACUAUUGGUUGCUCUGUUUGGUGGGAGUUGAAAAAUCGCAAGCAAAGGAUAAAACAAGAAUGGGAUUUGGCUCUUAUAAAUGUGCUAACAGUAACAGCAUGCAAUGCUUUUGUUGUUUGGUCGCUCGCUCCUUGUCGUUCUUAUGGAAACACGUUCCAGUUUGAUUUGCAAAAUACAUUGCAGAAGCUUCCAAACAAUAUCUUUGAAAUGAGUUACCCUCUUCGAGAAUUUGACUUGCAAAAGAGAAUCCACUCGUUCUUCUAUAAGGCUGCAGAGUUAUGUAUGGUUGGAUUGACUGCUGGAGCAAUGCAAGGUUCAUUGACAAAUAUUUUGGCCAGGAAAAAAGACAGGUUGUCUGUGACAGUCCCACCUGUGAGUACCUAUGCUCUUGGUUAUGGUGCUUUCCUUGGACUUUAUGCAAACCUGAGAUACCAGCUAUUAUGUGGAUUUGAUAGAGCAGUGGUCAGUCAUUUUGAUGUCAUUGGUGUGGCAUUGUUUUUCAGCACAGCUUUAAGGAUUUUAAAUACCCAAGUAGGAGAGACAUCAAGGCUAGCUUGGCUAGGGGUCGAGGCAGAUCCUUUGGUUCAGUCAGAUGACCUUUUGAAGGCUUACAACAGGUCUCCUUCUGCAGAUGCUGCUGUGUCAUCUUCUACAUGGUUUAUCUCAAAGAAAGCCCUUGUUUCUGGGCUCGGGCUCCUCGGCAUAAAACAAGGCGAUGCUGAUUCCAUUGAUGGGGAAUCACCACCACCAAAGGUCCGUAGAAAGAGGGUUGUUCGGAAGAAGGUGUCUGCAAGUUAA